AUGGCCUGCCAUGUCCUUCGUGACAUUGCCUUCGGGGGGGAGCUGGCGACGGACCGAGCGUCCGGGCGUCCCGACCUCGCCAAAAGCGGCAAGGAGCGCAGGUGGGCCCCAGCCAAAAGCCCUCAAGAGGUAACCGGCUUCUGGCGGGCGAACUCGGCUGCUUCAAAGUGGGCUGCCAGGAACGGUACAGGGCCGCUGGAGGCGGCCGCCGUGGUGGUUCGGAGCGGCAAGAGCCAAGUGCUGGGACAGCUCGUGGAGAAGGAGUUCCAGUGCCUACAGUGCUCCCUGAUGAAUCCCCCGGCCGCACAAAGAUGCGGCCACUGUGGCCAUUCCCGGGAGGAGCAACGCUCCAGGUGGGCGGAGCAUUUCAAUCCGGGAGAGCAGUUGGAGCUGUCCCAGCUCCAGUGGCAGAAGCGGCUCAGGCCCAGAAACGCCAAGGAGAGCUCCGAUGGCUGCAGCCCCGGUUCCUGGAGCCGGGAAGCCAGGGGCUGUCGGCGGCAUCUCAGGUGCCUGUUGCUCCCGGAGGAGCAGCUACUGCAGCUACGGCAGCUUUUGGUGGAGAACCGCCUGAACCUGCGUCCUGAGGAUCGACCCGGGGGAGCGGAGCUUCGGACGGCCUUGGAAGAGUGGGGGGUCUGGCACCGCAAGCUGGUGUCCCCCGACGACUUCAAGAUCUGCUCAGAAGACGAUGAUCUGACGUUCACUAACGUGCAGCCGACCUGCCCUAGCAAAAUUGGCUUGUUGCGGGCGGAAUGGAAGGAACAUCAAGUGGAUCUGCGAAAGCAGCAGCUUCAGGCCAAGGUGGAUGAGUUCUUGAGGCAGAACCACUUCGCGGAUGUGAACGAGCCCCGGAUCACGCGCUGUGGCUUCAGGUACACCUACCCACUGGCGCUGGCUGCACAAGCACAAGAUGCGGCCAUGGUGCUGAUGCUAAUCCGCUGCGGGGCCAACCCUAUGCAGCGGGACCACCGGAACCGCACGCUCUUCAACUAUUUGACCGACCAGGACAUGUGUGUGAAGAUUUGUCAGCUGCAUUUGAGGAUGGAGGCGGCGCGGUCCCAUGCAGACAAGCGGAUCAAGAGCGCAUGUCGCAAAUAA